CGUCUGACCCUUACGUGAUCAUUCGGUGUGAAGGAGAGAAGGUUCGCUCUCCGGUCCAUAAAGACACACGCAGCCCAGACUUCGACACCAAGGGGCUGUUCUACAGGAAGAAAUCCAACCAGCCAAUCAGCAUUGAGAUCUACAACCACAACGUGUUGAUGGACUCCUUCCUGGGUCAGGUGACCCUGCCGGGUGAGCAGGGUCAUUUCCAGCAGACGCUCCACCUGAGGGGCAAGGGCGAUCGCCGUGACAACGACCUGCCGGGGACCCUCACUGUUGCCGUACUGAGCAGCUCUGUGCUCACCAACAUCUGACACACAGGAAGUCCAGUCAGCUAACGUUUACCAAAUAAUCGCUUUACCACACUAUAAGGGGAAAUAAUCGGCCUAAUUGGUUUACUUUUUUGAAGUUUCAUUUAUAAAAGAUUACACAUCCAGCUGUGGGUGUGUGAGUCAUCAGAGGAGAACCUGAGCUGUGUUGGAACCUGAUGCCUUAAAAUGUCAAAAUGAUUUACAGAACCUGGGUACUGGGUCUCUCUGAAAACAUGAGAUUGCAAACAAUUCCUAGCUAGCUCAUAAACCUGGUUUACAGUUUUUUUCUAUUAACCACUACUUAGUGUCUUGUUUACUCUAAUGUUUGAUGUCUUAUUCUGUUUCAUCUUUUAUUUUAAAUAACUCUUUCAAAAUCCUAUUUACAUACGUCUUUUUAUAUGGCCUCAUUUAUAUCUUGUCUCAUGUACAUCACUUUGUAUUGCAUUGUUGAAGGGUUCGCUACAAAUAAACUUGCUUUGCCUGGUCUGUCUAAACGUUUAAAA